AUGACCGAAGGAGAAUUGAUGGAAGUCCGAGUGGUGAAGGGCAAGGAAGGCUUCGGAUUUGUGCUUACCGGCCGUGAUUCUGCUACCCAAGGAAGGCUGUUUUUCAUAAGAGGAGUCAACCCGGACGGCAUCAACAAUGAUGUCCUGAAAGCCGGGGACCAAGUGGUUAGGAUGGACGGUGUACGCAUCCACGGCUUCACCCACGAUCGUGUCGUCAACCAUCUGAAGAGGAUUCCGCCCGGAGGAAUUGUUUCGUUCGACAUCUUCAGAGACCUCUCAAUGAAAUCGAGGUCUGGGUCCAGCAUCCGAGAAUCCAGUUAUUCUGACGAGAGUGAUGAUCUCCAGCAAACGAGCACCAGCGAGGAGAGCAUCGAGCUGCUCCAAAUCCAGGACGAAAUUAUGCCGGAGGCGAGCCCCUUCAUCAGGAAUUCUACAGCCCGCCGCACGAUCUGUGGAACCCUGGGUGACAAGACGAUCGGGUCUCCGACUAAUCCACGUGCCCGACGAACUCCUAGCCUCUAUGUACCAAACUCUGCACCAACCCGUCGAUCACGCUACCUGAAGGGAAGCCUCCGCUCUAACAAGGAAAACAAGCCGGCCUCGGAUUUGUGCUGCCCGCCGACUCGUCGUUGGCUGUUCUAUUCGCAAGAGCAUGACCGUGCUGACGAUCCCGUUUUGCCUCCAAGCCCUCGGGAUUUCGACUUCUCCACCACGCUGAACUCAAGCAUUGCUUCGAUGUCGCUAAGAAGCCGCUGGCUAUCU